AAAAUGUCGAAGCAAAUUUCAACCAGAGGACAGCGGGAAGAUGAUCUUGUAAGUUCUGAUGUAUGGGGGGAAGGCAGUCCGAUGUUUCAUCCAACCGUAGGUAAUUACAAUCUCCAAUCAUUACCACCACAACAUCCACCCAUGAGUACUAUAACUAGAAGUAAUUAUGAUCUGCCUCCAUUACCUUCCCAACUUCCACCAAUGAAUCCAAUUGGAGGUAAUUAUGAUCUGCCUCCAUUACCACCACAGCUUCCUUCAAUGAAUCCAAUUGGAGGUAAUUAUGAUCUGCCUCCAUUACCUUCCCAAUUUCCACCAAUGAAUCCAAUGGGAGGUAAUUAUAAUCUGCCUCCAUUACCACCACAGCUUCCACCAAUGAAUCCAAUUGGAGGUAAUUAUGAUCUGCCUCCAUUACCACCACAACUUUCACCAAUGAUUAUAACGAGAGAUAACUACCAUCUGGUACCAUUACCACGACAGCAUUCACCCAUGAAUCUAAGCGGACGUAAUUACUAUAUGCCACCAAUAUCACAGCAGAUUCAGAUUCCACCACAACCUCAUCUGAGGCCAUCACCACAACCUGCUCCGGUAAUGUACUACACUUCUGAACCGCAUGUGUUCUCUGCAACUAGGUGUGACAAUCCAACAGUCUCUGUUGUACCGUCACAGCCGGAGCCUACAGAUAAGAAGAAAAGGCCAGCUCAACCCAAUUCCGGUGGUGGAAUAAAAAAACGGGGACAUUGGUCUAGUAAGACUAUUGAACAGAUAGAGACUCUGCGGGAUAUCAUACCAUAUCCUCCCAAGGCCGAAGCAGUCUCAGUCCUUGCGGACGUAGUUGACUACCUGACCCCCCUGAAGCAGAGAGUGGAAGAACUCAGGAAAGAAAAAGCAAGGCGACAAGCCCUUCAACAAUCUGCAGAAGAUUAUGAGAGGGAACGCCAGAGGAAGGGGAAAGGAAUUCUUGAAACAACAAGCAGCUCUCCGGAUGAGUAGGGUGCUAAUGGUGGCGUGGCAUAGGAGCCUUGGACUACAAAUGAUCCUUUUGGCCCUUACUGCAAUUUUGUCUGAUUAGUACCAUAGUAAUAUUGAGGUCUCGUGUUAUUAGACAUCUUGAUUAGCUAAAAUGGUAUACUAUGCUGGUUUUGAACAGAUUUUUCCUUCCCUA